AUGUCGGCUUUUACAUUUUCCUUCUCUGGUGAAGAUAUAGAAGAUUGUUCCACACCAGAUGAUCAUCUAGACCCUAACCCACAGACAUCACAAGAUAUGGUAUCUAAAAGUCGAAGAUGUGCUCACAAUUCAGCGUUCCCCAUACCUGGGCAAGCUGCACUCAAGCCACAGGUCCAUCCACUAAGUACAUUGCUCAGCAAACUACCGUCAAGAAUUUCCUACAGUACACUACAUGUUCCUCUUGGAGAUGGCUCAAGUAUUUCUAUUCCGAGGCGAGAACUUUGGGAUGUUAGACUUCAACUUAUGGCUGAGGAUGACGAAGAUAGCCUUGGGAAUUUAGCUAAAGUCGAUGUGAAGACUGGUGUGUACGAAGGUGGCUUCAAACUUUGGGAGAGCUCAGGCGACGUCGUUAACGUUCUGUCCGAGCGAGGUAACUCUCUCCUCAUGGGUAAGUGUGGGAUUAUUGAGCUUGGAUGUGGAACAGCACUUCCAUCUCUCUUUGGGUUUCAACUACUGCUUCAUACGUCACCCAAGGCACUACAAAAAACAAAUCUCGCUCUCGCUGACUACAAUCCCACAGUUCUUCAACUAGUCACUCUUCCGAAUUUGAUCCUUUCCUGGGCUUACGUUCAAAGCGAAUCAUGGGAAGAAGAAGGUGAAUUAGAGAUCGACGAGAACACUGUCGAAAGAUUUUUAAAAUCUCUAGAAUCACACCACACCAUUUUAUCUUUCUUUUCGGGUGGUUGGGGUCCAGAGUUUAUACGUCUAGUGGCACAGAACAUAGAAUCGGAUUUAGACCAAUGUAUAAUUAUUGGUGCAGAAACUAUAUAUUCUCCCUUCGCACUUAAGUCUUUUACAGAAACCCUACUCGGCCUACUUAAGAUAAUAUCUGCAAAGAAAAAGACAUCCCUUGUGGCAGCCAAAAAGGUUUAUUUUGGAGUAGGAGGCUCUAUAGAAGAUUUUUAUACUCUCGUCGAAAAAAAUGGUGGCCUACUUGAACUGGUUCAAGAGGAAUCUGAUGGAGUGAAGAGGGUAGUAGUUGAGGUUCAAACACCAGAAGCAGGAAUUGACGCUUACAUGUACGGUCAUAGUCUAUCGACCCAGCUGGCUAUCAGAUAA